CUCUCUCCGCUCAUCAUCAUCAGCAUCAUCUUCGCUCUCUUACCGGCAGCGGGAAUCCUCCUCCUCCUCAUCUUCCUCCUCACCGCGUCUAACGGUACCGGCGUCUGCGGCGCGAUGCGCGAUGGGUCAGGCGUGCGGACACUCUCUGCUCUGCCGUAGCCAGCAGUACCGGACCCCGGCGGCGGCCGAACUACGCGGACAGCAAGUGUUUCUGAGAGCUGACGACACACCUGCUGCUGCCCUGCACUCCCUACAGGAUGCAUUGCUGCAGUUGGCCUCCAUUGUUGAUGUCAGCAGCCUUCAGACGACCAUCAAAGAUGUGCUCAGAUUUGUCCUGCCAAACGUGGAGUGUGUGUUCGUGUACCUGUUGGAGGCGGAGUCUCGGCUGCGAUGUGAGGAUCCGCCCCAUGAGGUGCCACCAGAGGGCAAGCUCCGAGACGCGGUGAAGCAGCAAAAGAGACUCCAGUGCUCCGGCCUGCCUUCAGCAGAACUCCAUCAGAAACAGAGCGGCUCGCUGAGCACACCACUACCAGCCCACAAACAAGCGCUCAUCAUUCCUCUGGUGGACGGUGAUGAAGGGAAGGUGAUCUCUCUGAUUUUGCUCUGCUGUAAACUGCUGACAGAACAAGAUGAACAAAACCUCAACAUCCUGGAGAAACAUCUCACCGUGGCCUGUAAGCGAGUCCGAGACAUUCAGAGAUGCUCCAAACAGCCACACACUCAAUCCCACAAUGCACCAUCGGAGCCCAAAGCCAGCGCACAGGCGGAGGACUACAGAGAGCUCGACCGCAAGAUCCUACGGCUGUGUGGUGAGCUGUAUGAUCUGGACGCCGUCUCCCUGCAGCUCAAAGUCAUCAAUUAUUUGCAGACAGAAACUCAGUCGCAGUGCUGCUGUUUACUGCUGGUCUCUGAAGACAAUCACCAACUCUUCUGUCAGGUUGUCGGAGAUAAAGUUUUGGAAGAGGAAAUCAGUUUUCCUCUUAUGUUCGGUCGCUUUGGGCAGGUGGUGGAGACAAAGAAAUCCAUUACACUGCAGGACGUCAGCCAGGAGGAACGCGGGUUAUUGAGCAGUUUGUUGGGGUUCGAGCCGAACUCGAUGCUUUGCGUUCCUGUAAUCAGUCAAGCCACUGGACAGGUGGUGGCGCUAGCGUGUACCUUCAACAAACUGGGUGGACAGAGGUACAUGGAGGCGGAUGAGCAUGUGAUCCAGCACUGUUUCUGUUACACGUCGACGGUUCUCACCAGCACACUGGCCUUCCAGAAAGAGCAGAAACUCAAGUUCGAGUGUCAGGCUCUGCUGCAAGUGGCUAAAAACCUCUUCACGCACCUCGAUGAUGUGUCUGUAUUACUGCAGGAGAUCAUCAUCGAGGCCAGAAACCUGAGCAACGCUGAGAUCUGUUCUGUGUUCCUGUUGGAUCACUUCAGUCAUGAGCUCGUGGCCAAAGUGUUCGAUGGAGGAGUCGUGAACGAUGACGAGAAGGAGUUUCGUAUCCCGGCGGAUCAGGGCAUCGCUGGUCACGUCGCCACCACUGGGAAAAUCCUCAACAUUAAGGAUGCGUAUUCCCACCCUCUGUUUUACCGCGGUGUGGACGACAGCACGGGCUUCAGGACGAGAAACAUCCUCUGUUUCCCCAUCAAAGAUGAAAACGAAGAGGUGAUCGGUGUGGCAGAACUGGUGAAUAAAACCAACGGCCCGUGGUUCAAUCGUUUCGAUGAGGAUCUGGCAACCGCGUUCUCCAUCUACUGCGGCAUCAGCAUCGCUCAUUCUCUGCUGUAUAAGAGGGUCCAUGAGGCUCAGUUCCGCAGUCAUCUGGCCAAUGAGAUGAUGAUGUACCAUAUGAAGGUGUCGGAGGAGGAGGUCAGUAAACUCCUGCACAGCGGCAUCGAGCCGGUCCAGAAGAUCCACACGGACUUCGCUGAGUUCACAUACACGCCGCGCUCUCUGCCGGACGACAGCACGCCGAUGGGCGUCCUGAGCAUGUUUGAAGACAUGGGUUUCAUCAACACCUAUAAGAUCGACCUGCACACUUUAGCCAGGUUUUGUCUGAUGGUGAAGAAGGGCUACAGAGAUCCUCCGUAUCACAACUGGAUGCACGCUUUCUCCGUCUCACACUUCUGUUACCUGCUUUACAAGAACCUACAACUGUCCAACUACCUCGAAGAUAUAGAGAUUCUGGCGCUCUUCGUGUCCUGCAUGUGUCACGAUCUGGACCAUCGAGGAACCAACAACUCCUUCCAGGUGGCUUCGCAAUCUGUCCUGGCGGCCCUCUACAGUUCAGAGGGAUCUGUGAUGGAGAGACAUCACUUCGCUCAGGCCAUUGCCAUCCUCAACACACAUGGCUGCAACAUCUUUGAGAAGUUCUCCAGAAAGGACUAUCAGCGGAUGCUGGAUCUGAUAAGAGACAUCAUUCUGGCCACAGAUCUGGCUCAUCACCUGAGGAUCUUCAAGGACCUGCAGAAGAUGGCUGAUGGUGGUUAUAACGCGAGGAGUCAAACCCAUCGCAGUCUGCUGCUGUGCCUCCUCAUGACCUCCUGUGACCUCUCAGACCAGACCAAGGGCUGGAAAACCACCAGGAAGAUCGCGGAGCUGAUCUAUAAAGAGUUCUUCUCUCAGGGUGAUCUGGAGAAGGCGAUGGGAAACAGACCCAGUGAGAUGAUGGACCGUGAGAAAGCCUACAUCCCCGAACUCCAGAUCAGCUUCAUGGAGCACAUCGCCAUGCCAAUAUACAAGCUCCUGCAGGAGAUUUUCCCGCGUUCGGCCGAGCUUUAUGAGCGAGUGGCCGCCAACCGUGAGCAGUGGGCCAAAGUCUCGCACAAGUUCACCAUCCGCGGACUGCCGAGCAACAACUCGCUGGACUUUCUGGACGAGGAAUUCGAGCUGCUACAGUCUCAAGGCGCCUUCGGAGACGAUUCGCACCGCAUGAACGGUUGCCUGGACGACGACUGCGACAAACACAACCAAUGACGUCGCUAGGGCAAAGGUCACCUGAUGGAUAGCGUCUUGGUAAAAUCCCGUAGUUACCGACGUGGCUUUGAGGAAAGGUUCAUUGUCUCCUUUUUGCCGUUGCGAUGGAGACGGGUUUUGCGCGAUGAAGGACGAUGGAUGGCGCUGCACAGUCGGCGGAGUGUGUAAUGUUACGCAGACAUUUGGACUGAAAAAAGAUAUAUUCUCCGUGGCCCCGCCCCGUUGUAAUAGCUAAACAUUUUAUUCUAAAUGAAAAAUCAUAUUUCACCUAAACAACUAGUUAGUAUGAAAUGUAACAAUUCCAGCAUCCCAGUGUUACAUUUUUAAAAGUUGUAACAAUUACAGGUGUCUAGUGUUACAUGUUUAAAUCAGUGUUACGUUUUUAGAACUUGUAACAGUUCCAGCUGCCUGGUGUUGCAGUUUUAGAGCUUGUAACAAUUCCAGCAGCCAGUGUCACGUUUUUUAGAACUUGUAAUAAUUCCAGCUGGCAAGUGUUACAUUUUUAGAACUUGUAACAAUUCUGGGAGCCUGGCGUUACAUUUUUAAAACUGGCAACAAUUCCAGAAUUCUGGUGUUACAUUUUUAGAAUAUGUAAUAAUUCCAGCAGCCUGAUGUUACAUUUUUAAAACGGUUAACAAUUCCAACAGCCUGGUGUUACAUUUUUGCAACUUGUAACAUUUCCAGUUGCCCAAUGUUACAUUUUUAGAAUGUUUUUUUCCCCCCAGUAGUUGUUAUUUUGUUGCACAUCCUAGCAGAAGCUCAUUUAAAUACUACAAGAAAAACUAAGCCCCUGUUUUCUUUUCUGCGUCCUCAGCGGACAUUUUGUCAGACGAAACAGAUCUUUGGAUAAUUAAUCUUUUGCUUUCAACCAAUUUCGCCCCUCAGACGUCAGUUCUCCCUGUUUACACAGAAAAACGCAACACAACAGCAUUUCUCCAUUCCCGAAAUCCCAAAACCCAAACCAAUCAUUGGAAACCUCAGUCAAGCGAGCAGCGAGCGAUUAGAGCGUGUGUGACGACAGGCGUGAAAACACACGGACCCCGGAGACCUUCUGAGGCAUCUGCUGGGUUCAGACGGGACGAAGCCCGACGUGGAGGAACUUUUUGAAGCUCUGUAAAUAUAGUUGUGUUUUAAAGGGCUACGCGGCCCUCACACUUUUCUUUCUCAGGAUGGCAGAAUGUGUGCGUCAAAUGGAUCUUGCCUUACAAAUGUUUGCGUUGCCUUCCUGAGUGACUUUAAAAGAGAUCUACUGUAUGUAGAAAAACGUUCGGCCUAUCUAUGUACAGUUCUGAAGCUACAUGGAUAUAUAGAGAUAUCUAUUUGCCGUGUGUAAAUGUGUUGCACAGGUGUGACUGUAAGUGCAUUUGCCAAAAUCUGAAAAGGAACAGAAAACAGAGUGAUGUCAGUUUUAUGAUUUAACCUGAUGUCACUUUAAUAUUAACCUGCAGUAGAGUGUGAAUUUCACAAAAACUCCAUCAUAUUUCACAGCAGAAUCAAAAGAAUACAAAACAAUUACAUUCUAUUUUAUGAUUAAUAUUUUGCAUUAAAUAUUAAGCCUGUUUUUAAGACCAAUAUCAUUGUAACAUGAAUUAAAUAUCCUUACAUUUUAUAUAUAUAUAUGUGUAUGUGUAUAUGUAUGUAUGUGUAUAUAUAUAUAUAUAUAUAUAUAUGCAUACAUAAAAAGUGUCAUUAAAUUAAUGUCAUAAUGAAAAAUGACAUUGUUAUAAUGGUCCUAAAAACAUGUCUUCAUGCAACUUUUUAUUUAUUUACUUAUUUUAGAUUAAUUUUGACCUGUUUUUGUUUUUUGUUACGUCUCUUUGUUGUUGUUGUUGUUUUUGUUAGUUUGUUUUUCGACCCCGGUGAAAUUGUACUGAUGUUUGGCUGUAAAGUGAGUUAAGAGAUGCAAUUCUCUUGCUGUGGAGACCUUUGUCAGAUCUUAACGCAAAACGAGAGUUUAACUACUGUUUCCAUCGGCCAGGGAUCCAAACACAAACCUUCAUUCUUCACGAUUAACCAAGUCUAAAGAUGCUUUCAGGAAAAACUGAGAUUUUUAUUUUAUAUAUUUAUGAUAAUUCAUCAGUACAGUGUUACAGUUACAGAAAGUUACAAAUAAAAUGUGACAAUGUGGGGGAAUGUAAUGGAUUUCUGGCUUUGAGCAUUUAAUUUUUCUAAACAUUUCUGCUGUAUUUGAAAGAAAAAAAAAAAUAUAUAUAUAUAUAUAUAUAUAUA